AUGCUCUCGAGAAGGGGUAGAAACGCUGCUGCUAGUCUUACCGCUUCAUCCAUCAGGCUUAUCUAUUCUUCAACUUUUUAUCUAGCACGACGAAGCAGCAUCACGACUACAAGUGGGGAUAAGGAUGAUAAUGAGGUGUACCGCUACAAAAAGGGUGAUUUCUUUUUGAUUCCAAAAAAGUAUACCAUAAAUCAGCGCAUUGCGGUGCGCAGCUACCUGGACCGCAAUCGUACGGAGCUUUCAGAUCGAACCUUCAUGCCGCAGAAGGCCUGGUUUGAGCCGUACAACCUCCCGCCGCAGUUUGGGCGUGACCACGAGCGGCUCAGCUACAACUUCUACAAUCUGGAGACAAAAAUUAUCUGGAAGGUGUUUGACACUCCCGAGCUGAUCGGCAUGUUACUACACGAUGAGACUAUCAAAGGGAAUCGUCAUAUCUACGACGAGGCAUUUCUGGACUCUGCCAUCCACUUCACACGAGAGUCACGCUACUGGCGGUGCAUUGGGAUCACAAAGCCGUUUUACAACAAAAACACGCUUCGGGCACACUGCUGGGACGAUAACGGUCUCCAGGUAGGCACUCUUGUCUUUUCACAGGCGAUGCGGCACGCCCUCAUGGAUCUCGAACGCGCAGUGCGACGGAAAGAGCUCGGCCUUGAUCCGAACUAUCUGUGGGAUCGAUGGGGCCCUAUAGGGUUUAUUGACGGUUCGCAGAACGAUUACUUGCCGCGCUUUGAGCACAAACCCUACAUCGACCCGGACGGCGUGGAUGUUACGGAACUUGAUGUGAUGCCUUUCAACACCCAUGAGCAGAUCAAGGAGCGUUAUGGGGAGUUUAUCUAUCCUGACACCACCCCCUUUGAAGGUAUCUUCAUGGCGCCGAGUCAUGGCUCGCUCUCGCUGGAAGAUGUCCCGAACAAGGAGGCGGUUGCCUUGUACAAGGAAAUGAAGGCGAGGGAGGGCAUACCAGUCGUCGCCGAUGCGGCGGUGAUCUCAUCGACCGAUCUCCGCAUCCUCUUCUUUAUGAGCGCUGAUCCUCGGUGGCUCGAAGCUGCCAAAGAGAAGCUUUCUUGGGAUGAGGUAUACACGGUCCUGCAACCGACUCUGAAUGACUGCAACGAGAAGAUUGAGGCCGCACGGAUGCUCCAAAACCACCGCCACAACCCCGAGCGUGUUCGUGCCUUCUACGAGGAGAAGUGUGGCUUUCACGACUUCAUGUACACACCAGAUAAAACCAUAACGGCGGCCGUGUUGUGCUACUUAAUGGAGCUGCGCCGGCUGUGUAUGGAGGUGCCCUGGGGCGCCGACCUUGCUCGCUGCCUCACUGAUUUUGAGCGGCUGCAGGUUAUGGGUCGUGAUGCAUUUGUAGUGUAUCGUCUCAUCGAGGAUACGAUUCUGGACAAGAAGCGUCGCCUGUGGGCUGCACGCUUCACGGGCGAGGCUCAUGAGGAAAGCACACUGGACUACCUGCUCGAGAACUUUGGUCGCCGCCCGGAGAGGCAAAAGAACGUAGGCACGACAGGCGUUGAGUUCGAUCGUGAGCAAGAACCGAUCGGACGGCAAGUGCAGCGCCGUGUGAUUGAGGUGGACAAGGCUAACAAGCUGUCUGAAGUGCGCCGCAGUCGAGGGAAAAUGUGGUCCAAGAAAAAGAGCGUGUUUGACUCCUUGCACAGGAAGCAGCUUCAAAACUUUAGCUACGGUGUGCGAUGA